UUUAAACCGGACGGAAGGGUGCUCGACUGAGGCGAUGAACAACGCGGCGUGUGCUGGGUUGCUAAAGAUCGUUCAGUGGCUUCACCAUAAUCGUCGCGAAGGGUGCACUACUAAAGCGAUGGAUGCGGCUGCGUCAGGUGGACAUUUCGAAGUGCUGCUGUUUUUGCGAUCGCAGCGAAUGGGGGGCUGUACUAGCGAUGCUGCGUUCGAAGCGCAGCGUAAAAAGCACGAACAUAUUUUGGCUUGGCUUAAUGAGCACUACCCGGACGCGCCAGCUCCCCAACGCCGCGUAAGGAUACGCCACCUAGCUUAAUGUAAAGGGAAAGAGGGUACGGCGUUGAAGGAGAACCGGAUGAAGUUGAUUGAUCCUGUCGCAGUACUUGCGCACAAGCUUGUGGAUCCGCCGUUCGAGAACUGUAACCAAGCAAGAAUGGCCAGCAAGACGGAGACGAUGCGUUAGUCGUUUCAGCAGUUGUGUCCUAAGUAGUGAAACGACUAUGCGAGUGUCGAGCUACCUCAGUCCAAUCGCUGGCUUUCAGUUUUUAUUUGCUCGUACGUACUGAAGAAAUCCGCUUGCCCAGAUAGAGAAUGGCAUCCUGGC